ACUGGAGCAUGCCGACCCCAGGAGUAAAGGGCGCACGAGAGCAGGCCAAAAAGAGUGCACCUGGAGCUGGAGCUGAUGAGAAUCGUAAGAAGGGCCGAUGGACUACAGAGCCUCCGAAGCCAGGCUGGGCAAUGACUCAGGAGAAGCUGGCAGCCAUGUCCCCCACAGUACGCCGACGCCACCUGCUCUUCAGUGACCUACUUGACAUGGUUGAGGUAGGCUCCAUGUUUCCACGCGACUCGGUGGAGUUAUCUUACUGCAUGCCCGACCCUCGCAUCUGGACACAGGCAUUAGAGCUACCAUCUGAGCGUCAAAAUCGGCUUCUGGGCAUCCUUAAGGCCGCGGAAGCCCGGGGCCGAAUCCGCGCCCUGCGGUUGCGCUACACCCGAAUGCGGGCAGAAGAAAUCUCUCUCCUGAUCCAGAAGCAAAGAUGCGCGCGCGCCGCCAUCCGACUGGAACUGUUCCUACCACCCCAACUGAAGCCCACGAAGAUCCCUGAUCCUUUGGACCGACAUGAGCGGAGGCGUGUUGAGACAAUCCUGGAAGAGGAGGUAGAUGGCAACAUUUUCCCGCGAUGACUGAUGACCGCGACCUUGGCGUUCAAAGAUCCCAAGUUACAGCGGCUUCCCACUCUCUUAUAUAAAGUUCUCUUCUGAGGGUU